GGUUGUCUGAUUUCUUGCAGCUAGCAGCUAGCAGCUAGCUUGCUGACGGCAUUAAAGUCACAUGAUCAUGACAAGACAACUGACAAUGACAGAAUACGUACUGCACUACGAAACACGCUUGUUCACCAAUGUUGUGCAAUAUGUAUAAUGGACCAAUUUCUGUUUGAAUGAUCCAUUCUAACAGUUCAACCAAUCCAGCCCAGGUUAUAGACUUUUGAUUUGCUGCCUCCUCUUCUCAAAGCCAGUGUGAGUACUGCUCGGAUGAGUUCGCUGAAGUCGCUGUUUUUUGAAGUGAUGAUAUCAGUUUUAUGUGAAAAUGGGAUUUUCUACUUGUUUGAAUAUGCAACUCCUCUGUUUUUGGGUUCGCUUGGGGACACCUCUGUGAUUCGCCGGGCGUUGGUGCAUGUAGUGAAAUACUGCUUUAACAUUUGGGUUGGAGGUGGAGAGGAGUAGUGAGAAUUUAUGUACAAUAGUUUGACUAUAGUUCUAGUCAAAAUAACUAAAAUGUAGGCUUUUUA